CAAGGGCGCAUGCGCAGUUGGAAAAGUUUGUGAGAAAAUGGCAGACGUCUCUUUGGAUGAAGUGAUCCGACGGCGCGGAAUUAACCUUAAGACUCCAAUUAAACGUCCUGCAUUUGGACGAGGUGGAGGAAUGGAUGGCAAAAACUUUGAUGCCAGGCAGAAAAUUGGUGUUAGCGAUGUAAGACAACGCCUUGGGGGAGCAACAGGUUUUCAAGUGAAAGAUGCCAGAGAAAAGCUGGUUCAGAGAGACGCUCGGUUCAAAAUCCGUGGCAGAGGGGGAGGAGCAGGCACGAUACAAGACGCUCGACAGACCAUCAACUCGAGGAAACAAGGGCAGGGGCAGUUUGCUGUUCCUGCACAGACCACACUAAAGGCAGCGAUAACGCAACAGCUGCAAAGCAGCACACUUGUGCCACAGAUACAGAUACACAACAGCAACAACCUGGUCAAUCCGAACACUUGGCAGUUUACACCCAGUGUACAAGGACUGAGUGCAAGGGCUGCCACAACACCACAGCUGAGCACUAAUAAGAGAGUGAUGGAUGCUCGGGAUAGGCUGAGCCUCAAGAGGAGUAUUGUCGGAACGCAAACACAAGCGUCUGUUGCUCCACCUUUAAAAAUAACAAAAACCAUACAGCAACAUCCAGUGAGUGCAUUAGGUGGAAUACGUGCAGCCACGCAGCCUGCCAUAAAUGAACAUAGCGACAUCCCCAGCAAACAAAUAAAGAUCACUACUGCCAACACAAUGCUUCAGUCCCGGUCUGGCGCAGUGGGUCCUACAUUCUCCAUGACAGCCCCGAUCACCAAGGUGGUUAAAAAUGAUGCGUACACAGCGCCACGCCCYCCCGUCCCUGUGGCUCCCACCCGACCCAACGCCAACACAGCUGUGCCCCGCUCUACUGGUGCUGCAGCACUACAGCCGGUCUCCAGGACUCUUCAGCAAAGCACAGCAGAAACUAGCGCAGCCGCAGCAGCUCCUGCUCCACCUCAGCCUGUUUUUAGUCCAUUAGAGGGAACCAAAAUAACAGUCAACAACCUUCAUCCCCGGGUCACUGAAGAGGACAUAGUGGAACUGUUCUGUGUGUGCGGAGCUUUGAAGCGAGCCAGGCUGGUGAAGGUGGGCGUAGCUGAGGUGGUGUUUGUCCGGAAAGACGACGCUGUCGUUGCUUACAAGAAGUACAAUAAUCGCUGCUUAGAUGGUCAACCCAUGAAGUGUAACCUUCAUAUUCAGGGAAAUGUCAUCACUUCUGAUCAGCCUAUCCUACUGAGGCUCAGUGACACGCCGGGUUCAGGCGGCAGCACCAAGAAAGAUGGCCUGCCCCCAUCUUUGACCCGCGGCGCCGGACAGAGAGCCUCCUCUCAGCCCACUCCAGAAGUGGACCCCCAGACCAUCCUCAAAGCUCUGUUCAAGUCCACUGUGCAGUCCACCUCCACCACCGAGACCCCCAGCUCACAGACCACGGCUUUCCGCAUCAAAAUAUAGCUAAACCGAAUACAGUUGUUUUGUUUUAACGGCAUUAAAAGUGUUCAUCUAAAAAACAAACAAACGGGGCUUUUCCUGUUGCAUGGCAGGCAGCCCUUACUCUCUCAUGACAGUUUAUUUUUUACACAUUUCAUCAACUUGGAAUAGGAACAAGUAGGGAUAAGUAACAGCUUUGUUUUCGGUUUCAUGUUAUCCAAUGUUUAUCUCUGUAAAGGACCAGCUGAAGUGUUGUGAGUUUUAAAUCAGUGUAGUGGAGGGUAGGAAGGUUCAGUUUUUCUUUUUGUUUUGACAUUGCAGUUAUCUGUACUUCUCAAAAAAAUGGGGAAAAAGUGACAGAAUGAUUGAAAACAACCCUGUCAUUAAGACAUUUAAAGCCUUACAGCCACAAUGUUCAGUGAUGUUAUCAAAACCUCUYUUCUACAUAGGUUUGAUGAGGGAGGUUUUAUUUUCGCAGUUAAUUCUCCAUUUGUAAUUUAACCUAAGUGUUUCGUUUGCAGAUGUAUUGAUGUGUUUUACAAGUGCAGAAAGAAACUACGAGACCAUGUCGUUUUGGUUUCCCAGUCCUUGUAGAAUCCAGUCAUGUUACUGGGUUUAACUGCUUGUUUAGUUUUUGGGGCAGAAAAUGUAUUCAUUACACUCGGUUUAUGUUAAAACGACUGUAAACUGCUUUAAGUUACGUACUUGGUUUGUUAAACUGAGUCAGAUCUGUCUYUCAGUUGUCACUAUUAAAAUAUUUAGCUUUUCAGAA